AACUAGAAUCAGAAUGCAAGAGAUAAAACCCGCCAAAUGCUCAACCCUCACAAUUUGAGAUAUUUUUUUACUUCACUUUCAUUUCAUCACCAAUGGCUUAUCUUUCUCAGUUACAUCAUUUUCCCACCCCCAUCUCUUACUUUACCGUCGCUAAAACCCCAAACCCCAUUUUCUCAUCUCACAACACUCUUCCUUUUUCCACUUCAAUUCUCUCCGCGCUUUCUCACACAAAAUCCAUUUCACUCGCUCGCCGGAGCAUCUCCCGCUCCGUCCCACAAUUUAGCACCGGUGAAUUAUCAGGCACUGUCGAUGACGAUGAACUACCAGACGAAUUGGACCACCACGUCAAUUAUUCCGACGAUGAUGACGAAAUUGAUGUCGUCACGCUCGAGCAAGAAGCAAAGGAUGUUGUCCUGGAGUAUUCAAACUCUCUAUCUCGCGUUUUGAGUAUCGAUGAUGAGAAAAGUGAUGUCAAGGAAACAGCUAAAACCUCCAAGAGGAGUAAACAGAAGAAAAAAAUUAUCCCUGACAAUCUUCUCCCAAGGAUUGCUAUUGUUGGAAGGCCGAACGUUGGAAAGUCAGCAUUAUUUAAUCGUCUCGUUGGGGGAAACAGGGCAAUAGUUGUGGAUGAACCUGGGGUUACCAGGGAUCGUUUAUAUGGCCGAUCAUAUUGGGGAGAGCAUGAAUUCAUGGUAGUGGACACUGGUGGUGUUCUCACUGUUUCAAAAUCACGAACUACUGUUAUGAAAGAGCUGGAUAUUACUACAACCAUUGGUAUGGAUGGUAUUCCCCUUGCCUCUAGAGAGGCAGCUGUUGCUAGGAUGCCAUCGAUGAUUGAGAAACAAGCGAUUGCAGCUGUGGAAGAAUCAUCUGUUAUUAUUUUCCUGGUUGAUGGUCAGGCAGGUCUAACAGCAGCUGAUGUGGAGAUUGCUGAUUGGCUACGUAAAAACUACUCAAAUAAAUGUACCAUUCUUGCAGUUAACAAGUGCGAAUCUCCACGGAAAAGAAUUAUGCAGGCAUCUGAAUUUUGGUCCCUUGGGCUUGAACCAAUUCCAAUAUCAGCUAUAUCAGGGACUGGAACUGGAGAGCUUCUUGACCUUGUUUGUUCAGGGAUACAGAAAGUUGAGGAGCCAAAUAAUCUUGUUGAAGAAGAAGAUUAUGUUCCUGCAAUUUCAAUUGUUGGUAGACCAAAUGUUGGCAAAAGUAGCAUUUUGAAUGCACUGGUUGGCGAGGACAGAACAAUAGUCAGCCCUAUCAGUGGCACUACACGUGAUGCUAUUGAUACAGAAUUUAUCGGAGCAGAUGGCCAGAAGUUCCAUCUUAUUGAUACGGCUGGAAUCAGGAAAAGGACAGCUGUAGCCUCAGCUGGAAGUACAACAGAGGCUUUGUCAGUGAAUCGAGCAUUUCGUGCUAUUCGGCGUUCUGAUGUUGUUGCUCUUGUCAUUGAGGCCAUGGCUUGUAUCACUGAACAGGACUACAAGAUAGCUGAAAGGAUAGAAAAAGAAGGGAAAGGUUGUGUGAUUGUUGUAAACAAGUGGGAUACAAUACCAAAUAAAAAUCAGCAGACUGCAUUUCAUUAUGAACAAGAUAUCAGAGAGAAGCUUCGUUUACUUGAUUGGGCACCAGUUGUUUAUUCUACUGCUCUAGCUGGCCAAAGUGUUGAGAAGAUUAUUGUUGCUGCUAGUGAAGUUGAAAAGGAGAGAUCAAGAAGACUGGGUACUUCUAUAUUGAAUCAAGUAGUGCGGGAAUCAGUAACUUUUAAGCCUCCUCCCAGGACACGAGGUGGUAAAAGAGGGCGUGUUUACUAUUGCACUCAGGCUGCUAUAAGGCCUCCUACAUUUGUGUUCUUUGUCAAUGAUGCAAAACUUUUUCCUGAGACUUACCGUCGCUUUAUGGAGAAGCAACUGCGGACAAAUGCGGGAUUUCCUGGUACCCCCAUUCGGCUUUUGUGGCGCAGCAGAAGAAAAAUGGAAAAAGAUGAAGGCAAAAUGGUGACAAGGACCAAAGAAAAUAAUGCGUCACGCCGUCGAAAAUUGAUAACAACUACACAGUAGGAGCAGACAUUUUUUCGUAUAGAAGAAUUGGCUAUGGUUCAGUUUGUGUUGAGAAAAGUGAAGGGGCUUUUUAUGAAGGAUUACUCAAUUGCUCAAAUGACUCUGCUCCCUGAUAUUAACCAAGGUUAGUAAAAGCUCCCCAAGUAAGGAACGAGUGCCCGAAGUUUAGAUGAGAAUCUUUCAUUUACAGUGAUGGGAUCCUUUUGGUAAUUUUAGUAGACAUUUUGAAGUUUGUAGGUUCGAGGUAUUGUCACAUUCAUCCUCAAUAACUACAUAGUAAAUGUAUCUAUAGAAGUAGUGAGCAGUUGAUUUUUUAAUUAUGUUUUUCUCUUCAAAUACGUAAGUAAUUGAGGUAACUUUUUAUGGGUGAAGAAAUGAAAAUAUGACCUUGUAAAUA